UGCUGGCCCCGUACGUGCUAUUCCCGGUUGCUAAGUCUGACUUCUGCUGUAAUGCCCCUUCUCCUUGCCUAAAAUGACUGUGUGAAUUCAGUGGAAUAAAUGGCGUCCAAAGUGACUGAUGCUAUAGUUUGGUACCAGAAGAAGAUUGGUGCAUAUGAUCAACAAAUAUGGGAAAAAUCAGUAGAGCAAAGAGAAAUAAAGGGUUUGAGAAACAAACCAAAGAAAACAGGACAUGUGAAACCAGACCUCAUAGAUGUUGAUCUUGUAAGAGGAUCUGCUUUUGCUAAAGCAAAACCUGAAAGUCCUUGGACAUCUCUGACUCGCAAAGGAAUCGUGAGAGUUGUUUUCUUUCCGUUCUUCUACAGGUGGUGGCUACAAGUGACAUCGAGGGUCAUCUUUUUCUGGCUGCUUGUUCUUUACCUUCUUCAAGUUGCUGCUGUAGUGUUAUUCUAUACAGCCCAAAGCCCACAUAAUAUACCUCUGACUGAAGUAAUUGGGCCAAUAUGGCUAAUGUUGCUACUUGGAACUGUGCACUGUCAGAUUGUCUCAACACGAACUCCUAAGCCACCUCCCAGCACAGGGGGUAAAAGAAGAAGGAAAUUAAGGAAAGCAGCACAUUUGGAAGUACAUAGGGAAGGAGAUGGCUCUAGUACCACAGAUAACACACAGGAGGGAACAGUGCAGAGCUACGGUACAAGCACCUCUUGCAGUAUUGGCGCUGUCUUCAGAGAUAUCUGGCAUGCUGCUUUCUUUUUAUCAGGAUCCAAGAAAGCAAAAAACUCAAUAGAUAAAUCCACUGAGACUGAUAAUGGCUACGUGUCCCUUGAUGGGAAAAAGACAGGUAAAAGCAGUGAAGAAUGUAUGCAGGCCCAUGGUCGAUGUGAAGUGAUUAAGCCAGAAGAGUCAGGGUGGAGCACUUCGACAGUGAGAGAUGCCUUCAACAAUCACAGUCAUCACAAAGAUUCUCACAGGACUGUGACAAAUUUAUCAGAUGAAGUUUCUAGUGAGGAAGGGCCUGAAACUGGAUAUUGUUUACGUCGCAACAUAGAACGCACUUCUAGCGACUGCACACUUCGGAACAGGAAAUCUCACCAUUAUAAGAAGCACUAUCCUCUGGAGGAUACACCUAAAUCAGGUACUAGCUGCAGCUCUCGGUGUUCAAGCUCCAGACAAGACUCUGAGAGUGCAAGGCCAGAAUCGGAAACUGAAGAUGUGCUGUGGGAGGACCUCUUACACUGUGCAGAGUGCCACUCUUCCUGUAGCAGUGAGACUGAUGCAGAAAGCCCUCAAGUGAACCCAUGUGUGAAGAAAGAAUACAGAGAUGACCCAUUUCAUCAGAGUCAUUUGCCUUGGAUCCACACUUUGAAUCCAGGGCUAGAAAAAAUAAGUGCAAUUGUAUGGGAGGGUAAUGACUGCAAGAAGGCAGAUAUGUCUGUGCUUGAAAUCAGUGGUAUGAUAAUGAACAGAGUGAACAGCUAUAUACCAGGAAUUGGUUAUCAGAUUUUUGGAAACAUCAUAUCUUUAAUUUUGGGUUUAAUGCCAUUUGUCUUUCGACUUUCCCAAGCUAAAGAUUUGGAACAACUAGCUACACAUUCUGCCACUGAACUUUGUAUGACUGCAUUUGGAUCAAAUGGAGACGUUUUGGUUCUCUCCAUGGUUAUUAUAAGUUUUGUGGUCCGUGUGUCUCUCGUGUGGAUUUUCUUUUUUCUGCUGUGUGUAGCAGAAAGGACUUAUAAACAGAGGCUACUCUUUGCCAAACUUUUUGGUCAUCUGACAUCUGCUAGAAGGGCAAGAAAAUCAGAGGUUCCUCACUUCCGCUUGAAGAAAGUACAGAAUAUAAAAAUGUGGCUUUCUCUCAGGUCCUAUCUAAAGCGUCGAGGUCCUCAACGCUCAGUUGAUGUAAUAGUUUCAUCUGCCUUUCUGCUGACUAUCUCAGUUGUGUUUAUCUGUUGUGCACAGCUGCUUCACAUGCAUGAGAUCUUCCUGGAUUGUCACUACAACUGGGAACUUGUAAUUUGGUGUAUUUCACUAACUCUUUUCCUCUUAAGAUUUGUUACUCUUGGAUCUGAAACAAGUAAAAAGUACAGCAAUACCUCAAUAUUACUUACUGAGCAGAUAAACUUGUACUUGAAAAUGGAGAAAAAACCUAAUAAGAAGGAGGAACUGACACUAGUGAACAAUGUUUUAAAACUUGCUACUAAGUUAUUGAAGGAACUGGACAGUCCCUUUAGGUUAUAUGGGCUUACAAUGAAUCCACUGCUUUAUAAUAUCACCCAGGUUGUCAUCCUGUCAGCUGUUUCUGGUGUCAUUAGUGACUUGCUUGGAUUUAAUCUAAAGCUCUGGAAGAUCAAAUCUUGACAGUAUAUAAAGAAGAUGAGAUAACAGUAUUACAGGAAGCCUCGAUGAUUGACAAAACUGCCUCAAAGCAGCCACUGAAACUGUAUUUCAGAUGCUACAACCUCUUCAAGGAUGUUUGGAAAAUUGGAGUGUUUACAUCUGACUGUCUUGUGCAAUCUUUGUAUUUAUUUCAUCUUCUCACUGUUACAUGUUCAUUUUAGUUGACAUAUUUUAUUUUGAAACUUACUUGUUUAGUUUUGGAAAGGGUCAAAAACUGUGUGUCUGAGAACUUGAAAUCCUGGAAAUUGAUUGUACUAAAUGACUGUAUCUGUUGUUAAAGCUGAAGCCAACGCUGAAUGUUUUUACUUGCAGUAACACUAUAUGGAAGUAAUUUGAGUUUUGGUAGUGUGGUAAAGUUGCUUAGAAUAUUUCAUUUGCACCAGUCAUUUAUGAGGAAAACAUAACAUCAGUAGAAGUUUGAUUGCAAUAGAAAAGUGAGACACGUACAAAAAAUAAAGUACUGACAAUGCAGUAUGACAGGUAGCAGAAAUAUUUUCUAUCACUAUUAGAAGCAAGUGGGAAGGAGUUUUUAAACAUUUUGAGUAAUUCCAGGAUCUAAACUCAUACAGGCUGCAGUUUAAACAUCCUGGGAUAUUAAUAAGGUAUUAUAUAACAAGUCAACAAGUGCUCUUUGAUAACACUUUUAUUAGAGCAAUAAUUGUAAAUGGUUACCAUGCUGUAUGAUAUUUUGAUAAAAUUAAAUAUUGUAUUUAUUUGAAAUACUGGGUUGUUCUGCACAGCUCUGACUGUGCAUGCUCAAUAUGUGCACUUUUUAUUGUUACUUUUAAUGAGAAACUUUAUAUAUAUACAUAUAAAUGUAUAUUAAUUGGAAUAUAUUAUGGUGAACUAUGGAGCAGUAUAUAUUAUAUGUUGAAGUUGAAUAUUUAAACAAGUAAAAGAUUUACUGGUGAAAGGAAUGCUAUGAAUGACUGAACACAAAACAGAUAGAUGCUCUCCUCGUGUACACUAUAGUAUAUGCCAUUCAUACCACAUUGAAGUUUAAGAACAGUUAAACACAGAUAGUAAGGUUCUCUGGUGAGCAGCAGAGCUCAUGAAGCCUGGUAUUCUGCAGAUUUGUGUCUUCAAAUAACCCCCUCUCCUCCCAGUCCUCCCCAGCAGGGGUCGUUCCCUCCAGCUUUCCCAGCUGGGGUUUCCCACUUCUCCUUCUGCCUUCCAGCCCUGCCUCCCUCAUGGAUCAGUCAUAUUGACUUUGGUGUGACAAAAAUAGAUGUUCAGCCCUCCAGCAUUGUUACUUGGAACAAACUUCCCUAUGCUAACUAUUUUGGAGGUAUCAGUAUCAGUGGGUGCAAGUAUUCUUACAUUUUAUGUUUCUAAAAUAGUGGCUUCAUAUUAAAAAAUGACAAGUAAUUGGUGGCAAGUCUGGACAUGGCACUAUGUUUGCUAAUUUUCAGAAACUUGAAAGAUUUGAAGUGAUGGAUCUUAAACUUGUGUGGUAUAAAAAUAUUUUUAUAUAUAGCAACACAAACAAGCAUUUUGUAUUUUAUUUGCCUCUGUACUAAAGUUUAAUAAUGACCAAAGUGCA